AUGGACUCGUACUCAUCCCGCGAUGGCUCAGGCCGAUCGCCUGUUGAGCGUAGUUGGAGUGGUCGCGACGAUCGGAUGAAAGAAGAGCCCAGAGACAGCUUCUAUCGUGGACGUUCUCCUGGUUACGAUCGCAGCCGACGUAACCGGUCUCGCUCCCCUUUGCCUGUCGACAGGUACGAGCCCCGACCCCGUGCGAGGGAUGACCACGGCGGACCGCGCGACAGAGAAGACCGACGUCGCAUUGCUUCACCUCCAGCGAAUAUCGACCGGUAUGUUCCGGGUCCGAACAGCAACCUGCCACCCCCGCCGCCCGUCCAUAUGAUUACCGACCCCGUGAAGUUGCCAUACCAAGUGGGAUUCUCUUACUUUGGCGAAUGGUGGAGAGCGAAUGAGAAGGUGAAAGAGGAGAAGGAACGUGCGCGCACAGGGCGACGACGCGAACCAGAUCGCCCACGUGGUCGCGAGAGUCAGGAAGAUCGCGAUAAGGAGAAGGCCAAAAUCCAAGCAGCCUAUGAUUCGUAUAAGGAGGACCUCCAGGCGAAGAUGGCUAGAACAUUUGUCGCUGAGCACAAGAGAGAACAGUGGUUCAAGGAGCGAUAUGUACCCGAGGUACGCGAUCCUCUACGUGCACAGAUCAACGAAUUCCGUCGCACCGGAUACAACCAGUGGGAGCAGGAUCUGGAGUCGGGCACAUUCGACGACUUCUCCCUCGAAGGGCUUCCCAAGAGCGAAAGCAACGGAGCUGGAGGGAUCAUUGAGAAGGAAGAAGGCGAAGCUACGGCAGCAAACGAGGUUCUCGGUGUUGGCGACCUGGUCCCCGCCAGUGGCAAUGAUCUUCGAGACGAUAAUCUCUAUCAGCCGACUCUUCUGAUCAAGACCAUAGCCCCUCACGUCAGCCGUGUAAACUUGGAGGCGUUCUGCAAAGAGCACCUUGGAGAAGAAGAAGGUGGCUUCAAGUGGCUGUCGCUAAGCGAUCCCAACCCCAGCAAGAGAUAUCAUCGCAUGGGUUGGGUCAUGCUGCACCCUGCUUCUGAAAUUGCUGCUCCCGUCGACCGCCCCGAUCCAAAGGAUGAUGGUGCGGAUGAGGACGCUGACAUCAAGUCGCCAGCACCUGUUUCGACGGCUGAGAAGGCCCUCGAGGCUGUGAACGGGAAGACCGUCAAAGAUGAAGUCCGCGGAGACUUCGUCUGCCAUGUCGGCGUGCACAACCCCCCUAGUCAUCCUCGCAAGAAGGCCUUGUGGGAUCUCUUCUCCGCGCCCGAGAGAGUUGAGAAAGAUCUAAGCCUGGUUCAACGGCUCAUCCGCAAAUUUGAAGCUGACUUCGGUUCCGACUUCAGCGCCGCGCAGAGAAUUGAAGACAAGGUAGCGUCUUUGCGAGAUGCUGGCCAACUCCAGCCAGCCGGUUCAACUGCGCCGGCAAAGAAGGUGAAAAGGGAGCGGAACCUCGAUUUCGAUGAGACCAUGGACGAGGGAGAGGAGGGCGAGAUGGGCGAGUCGGAUGACGAAGGAGUUGUUGAUGAUGAGGUCGAUGACGAAGACCUUUUGAUGAAGAAGAAGCAACUCGAUCUCAUGAUUGAGUACCUGCGCCGGGUCUUCAACUUCUGUUUCUUCUGUGUCUUUGAGAGCGACUCCAUCCAUGAGCUCACCCGGAAGUGUCCCGGUGGUCAUCUUCGCCGGCCCAGAAGCACUCUAUCCUCGGCUGCCAAGAACGUGGCUCGGGCGAGUGCUAAUGGCGACCCUUUCCCGUCGAAGAAGCGAAACGAGGCUAAAGAGGAAGAAGAAGAAGGCGAGGCGCCGGAACCUGAACGCAAGUUUCGCACCGCCUUCUCAAAGGCUGAGCAGCAACUGGAGCGUGCGUACAAGUGGGUGAAGACGUUCGAGGACAAGAUUAUGCAGAUUCUUGAGCCCGAGUCGGUGGAUGUCCGGAAGCUGGGCGGCAAACCAACCGAGGACGUCUUGAGUGACGAGCUCUCCAAGUACGUCAAACAGGAGGACGAGCACAAGUACAGAUGCAAGGUUCCCGAGUGCGCAAAAUUGUUCAAAGAAGAACAUUUCUGGAAGAAGCACGUCGAGAAACGUCAUACCGAAUGGUUGGACACCGUCAAGCAGGAGUUUGAUCUCAUCAACGCGUAUGUUCUGGACCCUGCGCACAUUGCUCCGUCGAGGACCGACGCCAACAGCAAUGGCCACUUCCCUCCUGCCAAUGGACAAACCCAGCAAGGCACGCCCCGCGGCUUCAACCUGCAGAACUUUGCAAUGAACAACAUGCUACCAUCUUUCCCUGGCUUCCCAAACCUCCCUGGCAUGCCUCUCUUUAGCGGCAACCAGGCUAUGCAAGCUGCCGGAUGGAACGCCGGCGGCGACGAGCGCGGCGGCGGCCCUACUCGUCGUGGCGGCGCUGGUGGUGCAGGUCGGUAUCCACCCCGCGCCGGGCCUUACGAUAGGCGCCAACCGCAAGGACGUUGGGGCCAGGAUGGACAAGGUGCCGGUCGCGGUAGAGGUGGUGCCAGCCGAUGGGGAGAUGGCGCUGCUGCUGGUGGAGCAGCUGUUGGCCCUCGUGAGGCUGUUCAAGGCCGCAGCUUGAAGAGCUACGAAGACUUGGACCACGUUGCCAGUGGAGGUGGGGGCGAGCUAAACUACUAA